AUGUUGGCUCUCACUCAUCUUGUAAGUAAGGCCGUUGCGACGAAACCAUAUUUAGUACGUCAAAUUACCACCACUGUCGUUCGGAAUGGCAAAUUUUUCGCCGACGCUGAAGAUAAACGUCUCGAUCAGCACUAUAUGGAUGUCUUCAACGAUCCAAACAUCGACGGUUUCUUUUUACGAGGAGCUAUGCAAGAUUUACACGAACUGGAUAUGAUUCCUGAUCCUGAUAUCUGUGAUGCCGUGUUACGUGCAUGUCGGCGUGUGAAUGAUUUUGCACUUGCCAUUCGUUUUAUCGAAUCUCUGAAAGAAAAAUGUGUCCUCAGACGGUGGACUCACAAAUGGUUAUUGGAUAAGAUCAAACCUACCAUGGACGAAUUAGGUAUUCCAACGUUGGAGGAAAUGAAUUAUGACAAGCCUGAAUUGUUCGUGCCUAUGUCUGAUUGGUGGUGGGAACGGAAAUGUGCUGGAAGGAGAUUGAUCAAUUCCAGAUUUUCAAAUACACGAGAAGUUGCGAUGCAAAUGACAUUAUUAGUGGAUAUUAGUGUUAUGAAUGACACUAGUAGUAUUAAUAAUUAUGAUGUUUGGCUAAAUAUUAUAAGAAUUUUGAGCGACACAGUCUUAUGA